UGGCUCUACUGACAGUCUGCAUUUUCGUAUGUGCACGGAGACUUGAGAUGGCCGUCCAAACUAAGGCCCUGGUCUCGGCAAGGUGGCUUGCAGAUGCCAUCAAAGCCAAUCGGAUUGGACCCAACCUGCGCGUACUGGACUCUUCUUGGUACUUGCCAAAACUUCUGCGUAAUGCUAAGAAGGAUUUCAAGCAGAGACACAUUCCUGGCGCCCUCUUUUUUGAUAUAGACCACUGCAGUGACAGAAACACUCCUCUUGAUCAUAUGCUCCCUCCUGCCCGGAGGCUCACGGAAUAUGUCGGAGAAUUGGGGAUUGGCAACAACACGCAUGUCAUAGUUUAUGAUGCCAGCGCGUAUGGAGCUUUCUCUGCACCGCGUGUCUGGUGGAUGUUCCGAGUGUUCGGCCACGACUCUGUGUCAGUCCUCGACGGUGGCCUCAAGAAGUGGUUGAGCGAGGGACAUUUCGUCACUGACGAGAAGUCGAAAGCGGAACCCACAGAGUUUCGAGCGACUCUGAAUCGGUCAUGGGUGAAAACAUAUGAGGACAUGCUGAAAAAUAUAGACACUAAAGAAUUCCAGGUGGUGGACGCUCGACCUGCAGGGAGAUUCCUCGGUGUUGACCCAGAGCCGAGAGAUAACACUGAACCUGGACAUAUUCCAGGCUCCAUCAGCAUGCCCUUCACAUCCUUCCUGGGUCCGUCUGGUGAGCUGCUGUCCCCUGACCAGCUGAAGGAGCUGUUCAGGCAGGCCGGCGUGGACCUGGGCCGGCCCAUCUGCGUGACCUGCGGCUCGGGCGUCACCGCCUGCCACGUGGCGCUGGCCGCCCACCGGUGCGGCCACCCCGGCGUCGCCGUCUACGACGGAGCCUGGUCCGAGUGGUACACCAGGGCCGCCCCCGAGAACGUGAUCUCCAAAGGCCGAGGGAAGCACCGAUGAUGAUCCGU